AAGUCAUUGACUUUCCACCAUAUGCUCUGUGGAGGCUUUAUACAACUUGGGUGUGUGUUCAUCACAUCAGAGGAUUCUGGAUCAGUUGAGAAUUGAUUUCAAUUUGGUCAAUACUUUGUGUUCAUCACUUCAUAGGAUUCUGGAUCAGUUGAGAUGUUAAUUUUGUCAGUAUUUUGUGUUCAUUACGUCAAAGGAUUCUGGCUCAGUUGACAGUUGGAUCAGGUCAAAUACAAGUGUCAAAUCUGCACACUAGAGAAGACAGGCUUGACCAACACUAGAGAAGACAGCCUUGACCAACCUUGACGACUUAUUUAGUUCUUAUUUAUUUUUAUAAUUUCAUUUUGGUGUGCAGUUUUUCAACUUUUGUCAGGUUCAUUUGUUGGCUCAGAUCUGUCAUGGACGGAGGUUCACUGUCAGCAUCAUCGUCUGAGCAGGAGGCAGAUUCUUCACCCUACAGCACCAGUGCUCUCCUACAGAACCCAGAGGAAAAUGGGGCUAUAGAGGAAUCAAGGGUGAAGGUGGUGGAGGAGGAGAUUGUCCCUGCUGGUGAGAGGUUGCUGUCCGGGGAGGACCAGGGCUCUCUGAUCACUGACAGUAUGUCAGUCACCUCAGCUGACCAGGAGAAACUACUACUGCUCAACAGGAACACCGAGCUACGCAGAGUCAACAAAGAGUUGAUGAAGCUGAAUGAAGACUGGGACCAUGUGUAUCGCAGCACCACUCUGAGUCUCCAACAGAGAGUAGAGACUCUGGAGCAGGAGAGCAACACAGUCAAACAACUCAACAACACGCUGCUGCUCAAAGUAGACCACGAACAGAACAAGAGGGAGUACUAUGAACACACACUGAUGCAGGAGUUGAAGAAGAACCAGCAGCUACAUGAAUACGUCAGAUUGCUGGAGGAUAGACUACAUCACAUAGACACCACCAGAGACUGGACAAAGAGCACACAGACCAGUUUGAGCACUGUGACCAAUCUUCCAGAAACCACCCCCAUCUCUGAUGCUCCUGGGGUGCCGAAUCUGUCCACUAGCCUCAGCAAUGGCACCAUACCCGGCCUCUCCUCCUCUUCCGGCCAUGGCCUACCAUCCCAUCUCUUCUCCUCCUCCACCCCAGGUCGAGGGGCCCUGAGUAGGGGUAGAAUCAGUAUUGGCCCCUACAGGGCACUAGCGGACCAGGCAAACCCCCAGAAGGAGGUGCAAGACCUAAAGGAGCAGCUGGAGGCCCUCAGAUGCCAGACUGAGAUCUAUGAAGCAGACUACCAGACGGAGCACAAGGACCACAAACACACCCAGCAGGAGAACAAGAGACUGAGGAGGACGAGAGAGGAGAUGAGACAACAGAUGGCCCUACUGCAGGAGCAGCUCAAGGUAUAUGAGGAUGACUUUAGGAAGGAGCGGUCAGACAAGCAGGUCCUGCAGCGUCUACUGAUGAAGAAAAGUCCCGCUCUGGUCAAACAGCCUGUCCUGGUCCACCGCUGUAAUAACGAGCAGCAGCCUGCUGGGGGAGACAAGAGGCGGCAGAGAGAGGAGCAGAGAGAGGAGCAGAGAGAAGCUCACAGCAGUACACCCCAGCCAGACCACCACCCGCUGUGCCCCAAACACUGUGAGAGGAGGAACGCUGAACAGUCCACAUGAGGCAGACGACACACAAACAUGCUCACUCACAUUGAACUUGUAUUACGAUGUUGGUAUUGCCACUAACGCGUUGAGGCCUAGCCUACUCCAGACCUGAGUGACUGUGUCUAAUUGACAAUGAAAUGAUUUGUAUCUAUUAUCUUUCUCUCAAUAUGUAUGAACCUUAUGUUAUUUCCUAAUUCUGCCGAUAAUGUUGAUUAUCGAAGAAGGGACGGAGUGAUUUUCCAGUUGUCUCUGCCUCCCUGCUUAGAUAACAUGGUCAACAUUACCACCUAGUGUUUUUUUUAAAUCCUACAUAAUGUCAUGUUUUAUGAUGCAGUUGUUGGGACAUCUCUAGAAAAGCCACAGUGAAUUCAACUAAUUAAAUAUACCCCGUCAUUUCAAAAAACACCAGGAUGUACUUAAAUACAAGUGAUCAACUUCAGAUGUUGUCAUUUCCUUAUAACAAAUAUAUUAAAAAAACAAUGAAAUACCG